AACGUUACAUUCAUCGGGUGAAUUCGUGUCGAAGAAAGUCUAAUGAGAGAUCUAUGCUCCUCUCCUUCCUAUUCUAGAAACAAAUACUGCUGAUCCUCGACUCUCGUACACGGACUAAAGUGGCUGACGAAGAGUGAUACUUGCAGUAGCUCGACCGGCCGAUUUCUUCAGAGAUAUGCUGCACGAGGGGGGGAAGGGGAGGGGGGUUAGUAAUGGCAUCCAUCUUUGUACUCAAUCACCACCAUCACAGGGGAUCAUAGAGGGAUAGAGAUGCAACUGACCGGGUAGUUUGGAUGCUAUCGUUGAUAUUGGCACCCACACCAUAUAACGAGACUGAACAGGGGUGGACUUGAGAUAUGAGUAGAAAGGAUAUAAAUUCCGACAUUAAACGUAGAAAACAAUGCAUAAAACCACGGAUAACUUACAGACUUGCAGUUCAAGUGGAAUAAGAAUCAAGAAUCAUGUCAGCAACAGCUCAAGCCGGGCCCGAGUGGGAGUGGCCAUUGUCGGAAUGGCCUGCCGUGUUGCAGGCGGGGUGUGCUCGCUAGACGCCCUGUGGGAGAUGCUGAUGAACAAGACGGACGCCUCGGGGCCCAUGCCCUCGGAGCGGCUGGCGACGUACUACGCCCGCCACCCGCGCAACCCGGCGGUGUUGGAGGAUACCGUGUCACGGGGAUACUUCAUCGACGAUCUGGACGGCUUCGACGCUCUUUUCUUUGGCAUCUCGCCCAAGGAGGCGGAGCAGAUGGACCCGCAGCAGCGGCUCUCCCUCGAGGUGGCCUGGGAGGCGCUGGAGAAUGCGGGUCUCUCGCCCAAGGCGUUGGCCGGAAGCGACACCUCCGUUUUCUGGGGGGUCACCGCCGAUGAUUACGGCAAGCUACUCCUCGAGGACCUGCCGGCCAUCGACGCCUGGAUGGGCAUCGGGACCUGUCAUUGCGGCGUGCCGAACCGCAUCUCCUACCACCUCAACCUGCUGGGUCCCAGCGCGGCCGUGGAUGGUGCCUGUGCCUCGUCGCUGAUCGCUCUCCACAGCGGAGUGCGCGCCAUCCAGGCGGGCGAAUCCAAGGUCGCCCUGAUAGGCGGCGUGAACGCCGUGUGUGGGCCGGGCUUCACCCGUUCCCUACAGGUUGCUGGCGCCCUCUCGCUCGACGGCCGCUGCUGCUCAUUCGACGAGGCUGCUAGCGGAUAUGGCCGUGCGGACGGCGUGGGAGCCGUCGUCCUCAAGAACCUAGCCGACGCCGUUCACGACCAGGACAAUAUCCUGGCCGUCGUACGGGGCACUGCGCUUGGCCACGACGGCAGGAAGAAUGGGAUCAUGUCGCCCAACGGGCUGGCUCAGCAGCUGGUAGCCCGUAAUGCCCUCCAGGCUGCCGGGAUGGCCCCCAGCGACAUCGCGUACGUCGAGGCCCACGCCACCUCUACCCCAGUCGGCGACCCCGUCGAGGUUGCCGCCUUGGCUGCUGUCUACGGCGCGGGCCGCACCGCCGAAGAUCCGUGCUUGAUCGGCUCCAUCAAGCCGAAUAUCGGCCAUGUCGAGGCUGGCGCGGGCCUCUUGGGGCUCAUCAAGGCAGUCCUCAUCCUCAACAAGGGAAUUGUACCCCCGCAGGCCAAUCUUACCAAUCUCAACUCCCGCAUCCAAUGGGAAGGCAGCGGCCUCGAGGUCGUCCGGGAGCCUACCCCUUGGCCGGUUUCUACCACCCAGCCCCCGUCCGCUGCCAUCUGCUCGUACGGGUACGGCGGGGCUGUCUCGCAUGCCGUCAUCUCACUGCCGGCAAAUAUGAGCCUUCCCAGCGAGCAGCCGCAGCCACAGGUCCCACUCCUCCUGUUCUCUGCGCCUCAGGAGAAGCGGUUACGGCCCAUGGCGCAAUCCCUGCUUGAGUGGCUUCAAUCCGAUGACUCUGACAAAAACAACGACUGGGCCAGUAUUUGCACCACCUUGGCCACUCGCCGUUCCCAUCAUGACUUCCGCGUGGCGUUGAUGGUCACGACCAAGGCUGACGCUGUUGAGGCCCUCUCCUCCUUGAUCGACGACAGCAGUGACUCCUCUGUUUCCUCUCUGCGUCGGAAGAAGAUCCUUAUCCAGGAUCGGGUGCUACCUGUGGCAGCACGGACUCCGGGCGUGGUCUGGGUUUUCUCCGGCCACGGCGCUCAAUGGGCAGAUAUGGGAAAGUCUCUCCUGGGCGACCCGAUCUUCCGUCAGGCCAUUGAACCGUUGGACGAAAUCGUGCGCCAUCAGCUGGAGGGUGCAUCGCCAAUUGCCUGGCUGACAGAGGGCGACUUUCUCGGCUCCACUGAUCGUGUCCAGAUCCUCACGGUCAUAAUGCAGCUGGGCCUUGCCGCUCUCCUCCGCCACCGUGGCAUUGUUCCUAGCGCCAUCAUCGGCCAUUCUGUCGGCGAGAUCGCUGCUGCGGUCCAGGCUGGGGUUCUCUCCUCCACGCAGGCCGUCUUGCUCGUCACUCGUCGCGCAAUCCUCUACCGGCAGGUGAUGGGCCAAGGCGCUAUGAUUCUCGUCAAUCGCUCCAUGGCUGAGAUGCAAGAACGAUUCUCGAAGGAUCCCUCACGACCAUUGACAGUUAGUAUCGAUGCCUCUCUAGCCUCCUGUGUGGUUUCAGGCACUUGUGAGGCUAUCGCCGCGUUCGCCGAGGAAUGCAAAGCGGACAGCAUCCAGGCUUACUCCGUACAGACCGACAUCGCCUUCCACAGUCCCCUCUUGGACCCAAUCGCGGCUCCUCUCCGUGAGGCAAUUGACCCUCUAUUCCCAACCAGCAUGCCAUCACAGCCGCCGCACACCCGUCUCUACUCAACUUCUCAAUUGGAUCCGCGCGCUCAAGACCCCCGUGACGCUGAUUACUGGGUCAAUAACACUGUCGGGCCCGUCUUCCUGACUAGUGCAGUCAAGGCCGCUGCCGAGGAUGGCUUCCGUGUCUUUAUGGAGGUCUCCAGUCAUCCAGUGGUGGGCCAUUCCAUCCGUGAGACGCUUCUGGAGAGCAAUAUCAAUCCCGCCGCCGUCUUGCCCACCAUGCGCCGCGACCAGCCCGCUGAAGAGACUCUACUGCACGCGAUGGCAACCCUGCAUUGCCACGGCAUUGAUGUUGACUGGCGGCGGUACCUGACAGGCCCCUGGGCUGUGGAAGUUCCCAAUACACCGUGGUUUCAUCAAAACAUCCGACGUCCACCCCCUCAGGGCUCUUUUUCCUCCUCCUCUUCUACCUCUCUGUCUCCUUCCUCUUCUUCUCUUUCUCUUUCUUCUAUGUCUUCAAGCCCCGAACAUCGGCAGUACCCGAAGGCGCCUUAUUCCCUGUUAGGCCCGGCAACCACGGUAGCCGGCACCAAGGUUAUUGUCCACUCAAGCGCGCUCAGUCGGAAAGCAAAGCCAUUCCCGGGCGAGCAUGUGCUGCUAGGAACGGAGAUUCUUCCGGUUUCAAUCUUGAUUAACACCUUCUGGCACGCUGCCAAAUCCUCCUCCGUCCUCGAGGACGUGGUGUUCCGUGUGCCUCUCGAGUUGGACCCGUCGCGCCAUGUGCAAGUGGUCGUGGAUGACGACCGGAUCAAGCUAUUGGCUCAGAAGAAGACAAAGACUUCAUCGCCGUCGUGGAUAACACACACUACUGGACGGUUUGGAGCCGCUCCAACCGCUAAUCUGGUGGACAGCAUCAACAUCACUGCCAUCACCGUCUUGUGUGGAUCUAAGCUGGCUGAUGGAUUCUGUGUCAAUUACCUGGAUCAGGUUGGCCUCUCCUCACGGCCAUUUCCAUGGGUGGUGGAAGAACAGUAUGGGAGCUCAACGCAGAUGAUUGCCUGCGUCAAGCUAGAGGUGGGAGAAGCAGGGAAAGAGGAAAAAGAACACAAGCCAUCCUCCUCCUGGGCUUCCUUGCUGGAUGCAGCGAUGUCGAUUGGGUCGAGCAUCUUCCAUCUGAGGCCAGAGCUACGGGUGCCUGUACAAAUAAAACGCAUCACUAACACCAACAUCGACGAUCCCCCACAAGUUGGUUGGGUAUACGUGCGCCGAGAUCCAUCGCCAGACAGCACAACCUGCCACAUUCAAAUCGCCGACGAGACUGGCCAGCUGCUGGUCAUUCUGGACGCGGUGCAGUACGCCGAGGUGGAGGAGAAUACGAAUGACGUUGAACAUCUGGUUCAUCGUAUCUGCUGGCCGCCGGUGCUGCCGGCCGAAACACCGCUCGCCAUCGAGCAGCUGAUCCUCGUCUCUCCCAAUCUCGAAGUCACCAACGCGUAUAUCGCAAGCCUGUCGGAGGAGAGGUUCUCCGUUCUUCACUGUAAAUCUCCAAACGACUUGCAAGCCCAACUGGCGCCACGUCGACCGGGGAAGGGCACGGCGGUGGUGUACGUGCCUAACGUGAGGAAGGAGGAAUUACUGCCUGAGAUGCUGUGGUCCGCGGCCAAUCGGGUCUGCUGGGAGCUGCUGGGUAUUCUUCAAGACGUGCUAGAAGCCUCACCAGCGGCCAAGAUCUUUGUACUGGUGUCUGGUGUCGUUGCAGCUACGGCAGCCCCUGCUCUCACCCUCUCUCCGCUGCUAGGGCUGAGCCGGAUCCUGGCCGGCGAGUAUCCCGACACGUUUGGCGGCUUGAUCGAUGUAGACGGAUUGCGGUCAGGCGCCUUUCCACUCCCCACCGUCAAAUAUGUACAGGGCGCGGACAUCAUCUUGCUGCGCGACGGGGUGCCACGCACCGCUCGGCUACGGCCCCUAGCCGGGCUAUCAGAGCGCCCUUGCUCGCUUCUACCCCAGGCUGAGGGGACUUAUAUCAUCACGGGCGGGCUAGGCGCACUGGGGAUUGCCACAGCCGAGUUUCUAGUGGAGGAAGGAGCACGGCGCUUGGUGCUAAUUUCACGCCGGGCGCUGCCUCCUCGCCAAUCAUGGCCGCUGGGUGAUGUACCUGGCAGCGUCUCUAGCGACGUGCUGGCCAAAAUUCAGGGUCUCGAACGGCGAGGUGUCUCCGUGCAUGUGUUAGCGCUGGACAUGGCAGCCGAUGAUGCUGCUGCGCAGCUGAAAUGCCAACUGAAGCAGCUGGCCCUGCCUACCGUACGAGGGGUUGUACACGCCGCCGGAGUGGUUGAGAAUCAGUUAGCGCAACGGGCAACCCCCGAGGCGUUUGAGCGUGUCAUGGCGCCCAAGAUCCGCGGGGCGUUGGCUCUUCACUCAGUGUUCCCCCCCGGCACGCUCGACUUCCUCGUACUUUUCUCCUCGGCCGGCCACCUGUUCGGCUAUCCCGGCCAGAGUUCCUAUGGGGCAGCUAACACCUUCCUUGAGGCAUUGGCAACCUAUCGCCGCCAGACGCCGGGAGAUAACUCUGUGGCACUUGCCUGGACCGCUUGGCGUGAGAUGGGGAUGAGCGUCAGCACGGGCUUCAUGGCGGCUGAGCUGGAGAGCAAAGCCCUUCGAGACAUGUCACCUGCAGAAGCCUUCGCUGCCUGGGUAUAUAUCGGCCAGCAUGAUAUUGGCAACGCAGCCAUAAUUCGCAGCCGGCCACUUGCUGAAGAUGAGCCCCUCUCUACCCCUCUCCUCAGCGAUGUUAUCGUACGUCGUCGUCGUCAUCAUCAAGUAUCUUCGAGAGGACAGGGAGAAGGAGGUGGUGGUGACGGUGGCAAUAAGGACUUCCCAGCAGAAGGUCUGCAACUUCCCCCUUCAGGCCCGGAGCUGAUGGAAUGGCUGGAGACGCAAAUCCGGACCUGCGUGGCGGAGGUGCUGGGGUAUGAUCUUGCCAGCGUCGACACAAAGACUGCCCUAGUAGACAUGGGUCUGGACUCGGUGAUGACGAUCGGUCUUCGCCAUCAGUUUCAGCAGACCUUCCAGAUCAACACGCCGGCUGCUCUCACCUGGAGCCAUCCCACCGUGACUGAGCUGGUGGGAUGGUUUGCUGAACGGCUCUCGGGGUAGGGUCGAUCAAGGGGCUGUCGAAGGGGCUUUGAAGCUUUCUGUGACAGUUUUUCCAUGUCUGUUUGAUGAAAAGGAUUAAUCUGAGUCAAGGAGAAGAAGAUGGAUUCUACUCACCGAAACGUUGGGAGGUUUAAGUAGGUGCACUAAGCUAAGCCCAUUUGGGAAGGAGGUCAAUAUUGUCUGCCUCUAUAUAAAAAACACAA